AUAUGUUCUAAACCUGUGAGGAAACUAAUGAACCUGAAUGCCAUAUAAAAGGUCAAGUAGACAUGACUUACGGACAAGAUCUUCGUACUUGACCUUAGCAGAAGAGUCGCCAGUGUUGUUCUGGUUGUCUGGAACCACCUGAACAAGUUGUGAGGAGGGUGAAACUGUCGACAUCUUCUUUUUCUUUGCUGUCUUGCUAAUAGUAAAGAGUUUGUGAGGAUCGUAUUUUCUUUUAAAUGUAGAUUUAGUUAUCUUUAUAAUUAAUCACUUCCUUAACACCUAAGGAGAAAACAUAGGGUCCAAAUGGUAACAUGCGUAACAACUACGGUUGCGUUUCUUUUUUUGUUGGAAUGUUAACUUUAUAACAGCAAAAAAGAAUUGUACAAUCGUUUGAUCCUAAACUAAGAGAUCAAAGGACACUGGAGAACAUAUAUGAGUGUCAAGCACAAGAACGCUCUACUGUUGCAAAAGAAAAAUAUGAAAUCUAUGAACUACGGUUGCGUUUUUUAAUAUACACAAGUAUAUGUAGAGAUUUUCGUAACAAGUUAACUCAGGAUAUCUUUAUAAUGAAUCACUUCCUUAACAUCUAAAAGAAAAUAUUUAGGAUUCGAAUGGCAACCAGAAAAAGAACUGCAGUGCAUUUUUAUUUAUAAUAAUAACAAAACAUAUAAAUAGAUAUUGAGAUUUAUGUCAUUAUUAACUGCGGUGCGUUUUAUAAAUAUUCAAAGCCUUAAUGAUAUUUAAUAAAAUGAGUGUAAUUAGAUAAGUAAUGCUGAUGUGUUAAUGAUUGUUUUAGUCUUAACAAGACUAUGUCAUAGUCUUACAAAGAAAACAAGAAUUUAGCUUACUUUCUUUAUUGGCUAGAUACAUAUCUAUAUACAUUGACUAGAUUAUUGAGAUAAUUUUGACCAAAAAAGAAAAAAAAAAUUAGAUGCCAAUAAAAGCAAAAGCCCAUUGAUCGGCUAACGGACUUGUCUAACCAUACGGCCCACUAAAAUAGUAUAAUUUUUUGUUUAUUUGGUGCAUUUAGAAACAUCUGCGAAGUUUGCUCGAAGAAUUUACACAGAGUUGUGAGCACACUUGCAGUAAAAGACGACUUCUUCGUUGUUGAUGGAUUUUAAGAACGUAGCUGCAAAAUUAAGAGUCUCUAGAUAUAUUGAUUAUUGAGUAGUCACAUGCACAUUAUUAUUGACAAAGCUUCAUCUAUUUCUGCUUUCCACGGUUGUAGUCCAAAUGGAAAAAAACCCAAUUUUAACCAAAAUUUUAUGGCCAAAACCAUUUGGACAUAAGUGUCCAAUAAACUUAAAAAUUUAGAGUCUCCUAAAUUAAGAAAAAAUUGAAAAUCAAAAUCAGAUAAUAAAAAUAUGUUUUUCCUACAAAUUUGUAAAAUCACAUUUUCCGGCCAAAGUCGUAAAAUCAUAUCCCACAAAACCAAUCACGCUUCCCGCAAAAACCGUGAAAUAAUUUUUUCCCGGAAAUCCAUAUAUCACGUUUUCGCGUCAAAACCGUAAAAUUAUGUUUUUCCCCAUCGUAAAAUCACAUUUUCGCUAAAACUAGGUCAGAACCGUAAAAUCACGAUUUUUUGCAAAAACCACAAAAUUACGUUUUCCCGUCAAAACCGUAAAAUCCCAUUUUCCUCAAAACCACUAAUUACUUUUUUCCCAUUUUCUUGGUAGAAUUAUUCAUGUUUACCACCACUAAAGAGACAUUUUCAAAAAAAUAUUCUUCAUUAAGUGGCAAAAAACUCUUAUAUCUUUGUUCUAUAUAUAUGAUAAAUAAUUAUUUAAAUAAAUUAAAAAUAUAUAUUUUUUAUAUAUCCCCUUAUAUUAAAGUUUAGAAAUUAUAAAUAUGGUCAACUUGAUAAUUUUAAUUAUUUAAGGCACUUUACAAACAAAUAAAAUGAUAAGGAAUAAAAUAUAAUAACUUAAGAAAAUAAAUCAAUAUAUUUUAGUAUAGACUAACACGUGUCAGUUACGAGGCAUGUUUUAGCUAUUUAUUUUGAGUUUAGGUAUGAACUUUAAAAUUUUAUUUAGUUUAUGAAUGUUUUAGCACAUUAAUAUAUUCUAGAUAUGUAUUUUCUCCGCUUUCGUAGUGUGAAUAUGAAUAAGCCGUUUUCCCCAGUAAGAAACAGACAACAAACGAAGUUAGAAGCAGUGACUCUUAACAAUCUAAUGCGGACAGCAAAAGAAAGAGGCAAAAAAACUGGGUUUGUUGUAGAUUUCAAUAGCAUUGGUAAUAGCAUUAUCAUCAUAGGUAGUACGAGAGAAAAAGCUGACCCCAGGUCUAUCAAGAUGCUGAAACCAAAGUGGAAAGUAGAAAUAGAUGAAGCUUUGUCAAUAAUAAUGCAUAUGGCUACUCAAUAAUCAAUAUAUCCAGACUCUUGACUUUGCAUAUAAGAUCUCCUUGAAAUCCACCGGCAAUUAUUCGUCUUUUAUUGCAAGUGUGCUUAUAUGUGUAAACUCUUCCAGCAAACUUGAAACUUCCAUGGUGUUUCUAAGGGGCUGCUAGUUGGAGUUUGAUUUAUAGAGAUUUUGUUGAUUAGAAGAGUAUAUAGACUUGUUGAAUUUGGAAUGAGUUGGAGAAAAUUUUGUAACAAUCUAUAAAAAUAAAUAACUAUAAUAUUUUUUAGAAUGCAAAGGAUAUAUGUAGUAUUUUUUAUGAGUUAAAUAAUUAAGAAUACAAUUCUCAAUAACAGUAACUUUAAUAAAUUUACAAAAAUAUUAAAAUCCAAACUUUCGAAUAACAAAUGAUUUUUAGAUUUUAGUGAGAAUAUGAAAAUCUAUAAAUCAAUAACACUACUAUAAAAAUUAAUUCCACUAACACCUUCUAAAUGCACCAAAAAAUCAAAUAAGUAUAUUAUUUUAAUGGGCCGUGUGGUUAGACAAACUCAUUAACUAAUCAAUGGGCUUUAUUAACAUUAUCUCACCAAUCUAGUCAAUGUAUAUAGAUAUGUAUCUAGCCAAAAAAGGGAAGCAAUCUUAAUUUGUAUCUUUUUGGUCUUGUUAAGACUAAAACAGUCAUUAACACAUCAGCAAUACUUAUCUAAUUAAUUAAUUACAUUUAUUUUUUAAAUAUCAUUAAAGCUUUGAAUGUUUACAACCACACCAUAGUUAAUAAUUACGAAAAUCUCUACAUAUAUUUGUGUAUAUCAGAAACGCAAACGUAGUUGUUACACAAGUUAACAUUCAGACCUUAUGUUUUCUCCUUAGGUGUUAAGGAACUGAUUUAUUAUAAAGAUAAUAAGGUCCUCACAAACUCUCCAUUCACCAAGACAGCAAAAAAAAGAUGUCAACAGUUUCACCCUCCUCGCAACUGGUUCAGGUGGUUCCAGACAACCACAACAACACUGACGACUCCUCUGCGGAGGUCAACUACGAAGAUCUUGUCCAGGAAGCAAUGGAGAGCUUGUCCCUCGAGGAAGGCACUGUUGAACCGCAGAUUGGGGAUGUGGGAGACGGAGUCAUUGAUGGGACGACGUCCGAAGGUGGAUACCUGGUGACGAUGAAAUUCGGUUCUCAAGUGCUGAAAGGAGUGCUUUACCAUCAUGCUAAAAGGCCCCAACAAGCCAUGGGAACACCACCUUCAGGCAUGCCACCAGCAUCACAGCGCCGAGCUAAGAAGAAAGCCAGAGAGACUACUCAAGUUGAUUCUAAGAAACCCAAAUUCCGCAGGAGUGGCUACAAACCUAAGAAACAGGUUUAUCGAGACAAAGGAGUUAUGGAUGGGGAGAGGUACAGAACUGAGAUCAUGCUGGAGUACGAGUCUGCACAUGAGUCUGAUGGAGCGUCUGCUUCUGCAGCCGCCACCAUGGCUCAGUAGUCUUUUCUUUCUUCUGUUAUGUUGUUGUCUUCUUCUUUCUUUAUUACAUUUCUCUUUCUUCUUUCUUUCUCUGGACAAGUUCUCUUUCUUUUAUAAUGAAUAUUUAUAAUGUCAUUGAUCAGUUUGCAGAACAUGUCAUGUUUAUGGUUGUAGGGUUAGUAAAAGAGGUUACUAACUGCGCAUUUAUGUCUUUCUUGCUAUUUUGAUUCAUGAUAUCCCGUUUGUUUGUU